AUGAGUACAAGGGCUUAUGGAGUUACAGACCCCAUAUCUACAGCAAAUCCUACUCCGAAGGAAAAUUUGUUGAAUGAUUCCCUUAUUUCAGAACUCAAGAAUCGAGGUUCUUUUGAGAGUGAACAAGCAACAAAGAAAAGGGUUGAAGUUCUUUCACUCUUCCAAAAGAUGGUCCAAGAAUUCGUAUACAUAGCAUCGAAGAAUAAGAAUAUGUCAGAUGGUAUGGCACGGGAUGCCGGUGGAAAAGUGUUUACAUUCGGUUCAUAUAGGUUAGGCGUCUAUGGCCCUGGUUCGGAUAUAGAUACUCUUGUUGUUGUUCCGAAGCAUAUCACUAGGGAAGACUUCUUCAAUGUAUUUGAGCAAAUAAUCCGUAAAAGACCGGAGUUAGAAGAAAUUGCCGCAGUUCCUGAUGCAUACGUUCCAAUUAUCAAAAUCGAGUUUGACGGGAUAUCGAUCGAUUUGAUUCAGGCGACCCUAAAUGUGCCCAGAAUUCCUAUUGACAUGACACUUGAUGAUAAGAAUCUUUUGAAAAAUAUUGAUGAGAAAGACUUAAGAUCUUUGAAUGGUACAAGGGUCACCGAUGAAAUCUUACAAUUGGUUCCAAAACCAACAGUCUUCAAGCAUGCCUUACGUUGUAUAAAAAUGUGGGCACAACAAAGAGCUGUUUACGGGAAUAUCUUUGGGUUUCCAGGUGGUGUUGCAUGGGCAAUGCUAGUUGCAAGAAUUUGCCAAUUGUAUCCCAAUGCAGUUAGUGCUGUUAUUGUUGAGAAAUUUUUCAAUAUUUACACUAAAUGGAAUUGGCCACAACCGGUAUUGUUGAAGCCAAUAGAAGAUGGUCCAUUGCAGGUGAGAGUAUGGAACCCAAGACUUUAUCCACAUGACCGACAACACAGAAUGCCCGUAAUCACACCUGCAUAUCCUUCAAUGUGUGCCACUCACAAUAUCACUAGCUCAACUCAAAAGUUUAUCUUGUCAGAGCUUGAGAGAGGGUCUGAAAUGAUGACACAAAUUGGUUUGGGUAAGAAAAGCUGGGGUGAUCUUUUUGAAAGACAUGACUUUUUCUAUCGUUACAAAUUUUAUUUAUGCAUUGUUGUGGCGACCGUUUCCACCGAUGAAGAACAUUUGAAGUGGAGUGGCUUUGUCGAAAGUAGACUACGUCAACUAGUCCUCAAGCUUGAAGUUACAGAUGGAGUUGAACUUGCACAUCCAUAUGUGAAAGACUUUUCAAAUUCUUAUUUAGUUGAAGACAACAAGACGGAAGACAUUAUUAAUGCUUAUGGUACACUUCAGGGAGAAAAUUUUAUAAAUUCUCUUAAAAAGCCAACCGCGGAAGAUAAGGAGAAGAAGCAGAUUCAUAUCACAAAACUAUUUGUCGGUCUUGACAUAAAAAUAUCCAAAACGGCUGGUCAACCCGAUGGAAUUAAGAAGCUUGAUAUUCAGUAUCCAUGCUCAGAAUUCUACAGUUUGUGUAAAGGUUGGGUUUCUUACAACGAAGAAAUUCAUCAGAUUCAAAUUAAGAAUGUAAAAUUGUUUGAUCUUCCAAAUGAUGUUUACGUGGAGGGAGAGGUUAGACCCAAAAAAGUUACGAAGAAGAGAAAAAAGGAUGACAAAUCGGACCAACUCAAAAGGGCAAAGAGUGCUCCCGUACCAGUUAACUCCGCCACAUAG